CCGGUGGGUUUUGUUUUUCCUUUUUCUUUCUCCCGUUAUCGUUUAUACUUCUAGAGAACCUGCAACCCUCAUUCAGCGCAUGUUAGCGGAGCUACGGCUCCCCUAAAGGAGCCUUCGCUCAACAUUUUUUUCACUUAAAAGCGAAGCGCAAAUCGAAAGAACCGUAGGGUUUGAUUUUGGGGUCGGAAGAUUUCAGAUCUGUGCAUUGACGAGGGAAGAAAGGAACAUAGGGUAAAGAAAAAAUGUCGAAAGCCUGGGGAGGAAUCGGUGCAUGGGCCGCUGAGUCCGAGCGUGCCGAAGCCGAAGAGCGCGAGAACGCUGCCGCCGCCGUCGCCAAUUCUCAACUUACCGGCGGUGGUGAGUUUCUGAGUUUUCCGAGUCUCAAAGAAGCUGCGGCUGCCAAGCCCAAAAAGAAGAAGAUGACGUUAGCCGAGUUCACCACCGGUACUAACGUUGGCCCAGGUACAGCCAGGCGUGAUUACUCCACGGAGUCCAAGGGUCUAACAACUGACGAGAUGCUUCGAUUGCCAACUGGCCCCAAGGAGAGGACUGCCGAAGAAAUGGAGUACGGUCGCCUCGGCGGUGGUUUCCGUUCCUAUGGUCGAACAGGGCCUCCUCCUGGGCGCAUGCGUGAGAGAGGCGACGACAGUGAUGGUUCAUGGGGUGGAGGUCGGAGAUCCUACGGGGGUUUCGAUGAUGAACGGAGGGCUCCCCCACCUAGGUCUCAAGAAUACGAUCAGCCUUCCAGGGCCGACGAAGUUGACAACUGGGCAAUGGCUAAGAAACCGCUUUCCAUCUCUGCCAUGGAUUCUGGUUCUGGGCGACAAGAUCGGUACAGUUCGCUUGGUAGUGGUGGUGGGGGUCCUUCUAGGGCUGACGAGGUAGAUAAUUGGGGUAUGGGGAAGAAGGCACAGGCACCACCUCCUACUAGAUCUAUGGGUUUCGGCUCAGGUUUCAGAGAUUCCGCUCCCGAUUUGGAUCGUUGGAGCAGAGGAGGACCGCGUGAUGGAGAUCGUGAGCGCCCACGGCUUGUUUUGAAUCCACCGAGGGGUGACGGAGUUGUUAAUGAGUCUACCAGAACAACCCGACCUAGCCCAUUCGGUGCAGCACGUCCCAGGGAGGAGAUUUUGGCUGAAAAAGGUCUCGACUGGAAGAAGUUGGAUUCAGAUAUUGAGUCUCGUAAGACGACGAGUCGACCCACAAGCUCUCAGUCAAGCAGGCCUUCAAGUGCCCAAUCGAAUCGUGCAGAAAGUCCUGCGCCACAGGUUCUGGAAGCAGCACCAAAACAACGACCAAAGGUGAAUCCCUUUGGGGAUGCCAAGCCUCGAGAAGUCUUACUGGAAGAGCAAGGCAAGGAUUGGCGCAAGAUUGAUUUUGAACUGGAGCAUCGUGGCGUUGACAGGCUGGAGACAGAUGAGGAGAAGAUGCUGAAGGAAGAAAUAGAACAUCUAAGGAGGGAGCUUGAGAAGGAAGCUGCAGUAAAUGCAAAUGGGGAAACUCUGAAAUCUGGUGGAGAGCAAUCUAGUCUACAUGAGCUGAUAUUGAGCAAGGAAAAGGACCUGGAACUGCUGAUCCGUGAGUUGGAUUCCAAAGUGAAGUUUGGCCAGAAAGCCCUUGAGAGGCCUGGUUCUGGAGCAGGCAGGGUCGCUGGCUUUCCUGAGAGGCCCCCUUCUCAGUCUGGCUUGUGGGAGGACUAUAGAAGAAUGGAAUUCACGGAGAGGCCUCGGUCUCGUGGCACGGGAGAUGUGUGGAGCAGGCCUGGGGAUGACAGAAGAGCGUUUCAGGGUGGAGGGGAAAGAGGAUUUCUUGGCAAUAGAGACAUCGACAGGCCCAAGUCUAGGGAGAGAUGGUGAAAAGUCUGUUGGUGUGGAUUCAUUGAGGUUGUUUUUUUUUUGUCACCAGGACAGAAUAAUGUUAUUUUUGUUUUUUCUUUCAUGUUUUACACUAAGUGGGCCGAGAAAUAUAGCAGAAAACCUUGGAUAACUUAUUGUUACCUCAUACGGGUGUAAAAUUGCAAUUUUUUUCCAUGACGAGUCGAGCGGCCUGUGUUUUUUCUAGAUACAUUCCCCCCCUUAAUUGUAAUCCCAAUGGACUGUCAUGGGACUUCUCAUCUUUGCUCUGCUGCGUUAGUUUUGGUUCUUUGUAAUACGUUAUGCAAUUAAUCAGUUUUGUCAACCA